AUGGCGACGGCCGGGUCUGCGGCGCAGAGGGUGGCGGGGGCGGCGGAGGUGGGCCGGGGCGAUCAGGCGGAUGGGGAGAGCCUUUUGGCCGAAGUGGCGCGGCUCAGGGAGGAAAACGAUGAACUGGAGAAGACAAUGCAGCAGGAGCGGGGGAUGCGGCAGCUGUACUCGCGGAAGCUGGAGGAGGCGGAGGGCGAGUGGCUGCAGCAGGUGGAGCAGCUGCAGGCCUACGUGCAGUCCGUGAGGUCGACGCUAAUCGAGAACGCCGAGGCGGCCGGGUCUUACCAGGCUACCGUGUCCGAUGCGAGCGGGUCCGUGCAGGCCGCACAGGCCGCCGGCGGGCGGCGCAGCUCAAGGGCCGGCCGGGCGCCGACGCCCGCGCAGAGCACCACAGCGGAACAGCUGAAGAAAAGGGUGUCCGAACUCAAGGAAGAAUUUGACUCUAAAGCUACUGUUCUAGAGGAUGACGUCACUUUCAUAAACGAGGUCAGGGAUGGCAUAGCACAGGCACCAGAGAUGGACCCGGACUAUGAGCUUCAGCAAUUGAUCAAAAAAUUCAACACCUGGAAGAGGGACUUCAAAGAGAAUCUGAAGGCAGCUGCUGACCUGGCCAAGAAAAAGGCCAAGGAGCAGCGUUCGUUGUCCCGGCAAAGCAAACGGAAGGGGAGCUUGGAGAAGGGCCAAAGGUGGGAGCAACUUGAACUGUAG